GGCGGAGCGCGGCUGCCCCCGAGCAGCAUCCCGUGGGAGCCGCGGCGGCGGAUCGCACUCAACUGGGACCUGCCAUGACUCCCCUGGCUCCUCCCAUGGCAUGAGCCCGAGCUCUCCUCCCCGCUCCGCCUGCUUUUGGUCUCUCCUCGCUCCCGGGCUGUCAGAUGGGAUAGGACACACCCGGGCGUGCGGGGCUCGGGGGAGCGGCGGUGGCAACCGGUGACGGCCGUCGGCUCGAAGGGAGUCGAAGAUGAGCUGGCGGUGGGCUCGCCAGCACUGGAACGGCGGCUCCUCCGUGCUGCUGCUGCUGCCGCUGCUGCUGUGGCACGGCCGCGUCCGGCCGGCCGGCGCCGACAACGCGAGCCAGGCGUACUACACCGCGCUCAUCAACGUGACCGUGCUGAGCCCCGAGCGCGGCGGGCCCACGCUGCUGCGGAUCGACCGCGGCCGCUACGGGCAGGACUCCCCCAAGGUGGAGGUCAAGGGGCUGCUGGUGACUCCCGUCCCCAUCAACGGAGUUGCAGAUCGUCUGGGCUGUGACCCUCGAACACGUUUCCAAGUUCCACCGAACACCAAGCAGUGGAUUGCUCUACUACAGCGAGGAAACUGUACAUUUAAAGAGAAAAUACUGCGAGCAGCUUCACAUAAUGCCACAGCUGUGGUCAUUUACAACAAUAUAUCCAGUGAAGAACCUGUCACCAUGACUCAUCAAGGAACUGGAGACAUUGUUGCUGUGAUGAUUACAGAAUCGAAGGUUAAGGAGAUCCUGAAUUACUUGGAAAAGAAUAUCUCUGUCCUGAUGGGAAUAGCAGUGGGGUCCCGUGUUCCUCCGAAAAACUUCAGUCGGGGCUCUCUAGUCUUUGUGUCAAUAUCAUUCAUUGUUUUGAUGAUAAUUUCUUCAGCAUGGUUAAUAUUUUACUUCAUCCAGAAGAUCAGGUACACAAGUGCACGUGACAGAAAUCAGCGUCGUCUUGGAGAUGCUGCCAAGAAAGCCAUUGGUAAAUUGACAACCAGGACAGUAAAGAAAGGUGAUAAGGAAACAGACCCAGACUUUGAUCAUUGUGCUGUCUGCAUUGAGAGUUACAAGCAGAACGAUGUUGUUCGCAUUUUGCCAUGCAAGCACGUGUUCCACAAAGUCUGUGUGGAUCCAUGGCUCAGUGAGCACUGUACAUGUCCAAUGUGUAAACUGAACAUUUUGAAGGCACUGGGAAUUGUGCCAAACGUGCCAUGCACAGACAACGUAGCCUUUGACAUGGAGAGGCUCACCCAGGGGCAGCCGGCCAGCCGGCGCGUCCACUUCGCCCCCGACAGCUCCCUCAGCCUGGAGCCCCUGCGCACCUCUGGGAUGUCCCAGCUGCCACAGGACGGAGAGCUGACACCGAGGUCAGGGGAGAUCAACAUCGCAGUGACAAAAGAAUGGUUUAUUAUUGCCAGUUUUGGCCUCCUCAGUGCCCUUACACUCUGCUACAUGAUCAUCAAAGCCACAGCUAGCUUGAAUGCUAAUGAGCAGUCACUUCUUCCAUCGUAACUCUCUGUCCCCUCGAAGCCUGGUCUACGAGAGCGAGUUCUCAACCAUCGAGCCUGCCUUGGACAUGUAUGACGAGAACAAAACCUGAAAGGAAUCCAUGCUCCUUCCUGGCCCUUUUUCCGUUUUUUUCAUUUCUCAUUCCUAUUGUUGUGUACUCUUUCCAUGGAUCUCCUUUGUCUGAAGAAGAGCUGCUUUUUCCAGAACACGAACCCGCCUUCUCGAUUGCACAGACGAAGACCAGCUGUGGUGGUUUCUGAGGUGGCAUCUCUGAGCUGACAAAGAGUUGCGUGCAAGCAAGGUUGUCUGAUGGAAGUUGCUGAGUAACAGCAUGGGGAGCUGUGUCGGUCCAGCCGCGGCGACGCAGAAGAGGUUUUACGGUGGUCCUAAGAGUUUGUGUUGUACUGCAAAUGCGUCUCUUAACACAGGCAUCUGCUGUUUCCAGUUGUUUAAUUGUCCACGUGGUUGGGCAAUGUCAGAAAGGGAACUGGUUGUAGAGGAGAUGGCCAGUGACUGGUAAAAGCACUCGUAUAUCUUGGUCAAUCCAUAACCUUACUGUGAAAUAUCCCCUUCUGAGAGGGACCUUUAUAAGUGCAUUGAGUUUCCUACAACCCACCUAACCCCGGACAGUGGCGAGCCAGUCUGACGUUCAAGCUGCAGAGAGGACCUGCGUUUGCAGAAAGAUUUCAAGGAACUUGGUGCUUGGUUUUUUUUUCUCCAGUUUGAUUGAAGCAGGAGAAAAAUGGUGUACACAGAAUAUACUUUUGGUCCUUCCGUGUGCUCAAGUCAAGUGAGUCUCUUUCUGUAGAGAGGACGUUCACAGAACCAGCACUUGAUCUACCUGAUAACCAUUAGACUUUUUGAAAUAUGCAGGAAUCGAAUUAGCUUUCUUUCUCACUUAACUUUUUUUUUGGGGGGGGGUUGGGGGGUAAAAAAAAUCCACCGAAUUUUUCACUGAGGUUUUUUAAAAGCCAGCAUGUUGGCAUUACACAGAGAAGAAAAGAGGUAAGCUUCUUAUCCCAUUCUCCCGUUGAGAUCUGCAACAGUUAUUUAACAAACGCAUUCUCUGAGCUGUGCCCUUUCCCACUGACAUCAAUAACGGGAAUGCAGAAAGCAGGAGAAGAAAGGAAAGCAGCUACUGCUUUGACACGCUGCAGGAAAAAUCAAUUUUUACCAGCAUGUGACAAAAGUGGUGGGGAAAUGGAUAUGGUUUGCAAGCUCCUGAGAGAACAAUGCAGAAAUGGAGAGCGAGUGUAACCUCUGGAGCUAAGUCAUCCACGGCGUUCCUCAAAAGGCCCGAUGUGGAGGAGCGAGCGCUUCUGCUCCACCUUUUCCUACCAGACAAUGCAUAGCUGUUAAUGAAUGUUUGGAUUUUUCUCCAUUGCAGUCUAAGUUACUGUAGGUGUAGAAAUGCAUUUUGUGUCCUUGUAAUAUGAAACACAGUUUCACCCUCUGUAUAGGAAUCUUGAGAAAUCAAUUAUGCCAAAAAGAAAGGUAAGACAUACUCUGCCGUGCUUUAAUUUCACCUGCUUUUGCUAUAAGCAGGGGAAUUUCCUCUCCUUUAUAAUGUUUUUAAUUGUAUAGCAGUCUGCUUAACAUAUAUCCUUUUCUGAGGUGUGGUUCAGCUGUGUCUUUAACAUGGAUGUUUAAGAGAAAAAAGAAAAACCCAGCUCUGUAAAAUGAGGAAAUGAUCCUCUUUGCUGAGCUUCCUUUGACUUUUGUUGCUGUGCGUCAGCUUUAUUUAAUCUGAUAAUUCAAGAGUGGGUGGUGUGAAGUGUAGGGAGGUUUUUCUCAUAAUACCCACAUUUAUAUUUACCGAAUGCACUUUUAUUGUCAUUCAGCUCACUCCAGAAAUGUGCUGAAGCCCCAGACUUCUUAAGAGCACAAUUUUGACACCCACUUUCUCCUGCGAAGCAAAAGUGAAGGUCACAGAAAGUACCAGCAGUGGCUUAAGCAGCAGCAGGUCGUGGUCAGAAUCCUUCCUCUGCUGGCAGAUGUGCAAGAGGGGCAGUGACACAGCUCUUGACAGACAAGCCCAGGCAGAGCUCCCCAACCCGGCCUGGCUGAGCUGUGCUCAGGCCCGUACAGGGCUCGGGGGUGGCAGAGGGGCUGAUUGAGCAACCCCUGUUUUCGUAAUUACAUCUGUGGGAUCACAGCAGUUAAACACGUGAGAGCGGGCACCUUCCAAAAACAAAUGCCUGAGAGAAAAAUCACCAGCUCUCAAGGAUGUUAUAGGGCUUGUUUUUAUCCGUGGUGGGCAGUCAGGGUCACAAUAAACCCACAGACACCUGGCUGUUCCUGGUUGAAUACAAAAAUGUCUGGGUGUCUCUGCAUGUGCCCAGUGGGGUUUGGGUAGGACAGCCUCUUGUAUGGGGUGCUGAUCCUCCACGCAAAUCCUUCUCGUAGGGGCUGUCUCAGCCUGGCACAGGGAUUUCCCCCAAGGCCACCAGGAAAGCACCAGGGCACGGGUUCGGCACAAAACCAAAACUGAUGGUUUCUGAGCUCCAACCGAGCCCGUUCGCAGGGAUAUGCAGGAUCCGUGCCAGGAUAUACAGAAAAGCUAGAAAAGGCAUGGAAAUUAAAUUUAAAAGCUAGAAAGCACAAAGCCCCCAAAGACAAAGUAAUAAAUAAUGUCAUUUGUAUUUUGUUAAAUUUCCUUAUUUCCAACUGAACAUCUUGGUUUUAAGCGGGGGGAGGGCAGUUUUGCCUCUGUGGAGAUCAGGGUCUGGCAUAGUGAUGUAAAAGUGGAUUUGUGCUGUAGCAUCUUGGAUAAGGGAGCUGAUGUUUAUAAUUGGCAUCCUGGAUUUGGAAAAUCUUGCAACAGUGGAAAAAAUAAAAGCUUGUUCAAGCAAUUGAUCCCUACGUGCUGUAGCAGACGUUCUCCCACUUAGUCAUAUUUAGCAUGGGGAGGAGGCACCACAGCAACAUGGGUGAUUUUUUUCUGGGCUUUGCUGGUAAGUUUGAAGUUUUCCUUUUAAUAUUAAUCAGUAUAUAAAAAAAGCUUGGUGAGCAUCGUUGUUCUUGUUCUGCUGCAGUGGUGCUGUGUGUGGUUUGAGUCAUUUCACAGAAAUAAAACAUAACAGCAAUCUACCAAGGACUGUAAGUGCCAGUAACUUGGAAAAAUCGUUUUUAAGGUUAAAAAAAAAAAGUGCUUUUCAACAGCAACAUUCAUUUUAUGACUUCUACAUAUUAAAAAAAGCUUUUAUCUCCAAGUGUUUCCCCAAACUAUUUAAACCCCAACACUUCACCUUCUCUUUCCUGGCCUCUUGUUCUAUGAAAGUUUUGCAUGUUCCCAUAAGACAUUUGUAAAAUCAAGAUUUGCUUGUGUUCUUAGAGGAUAAUUGCCAGUAAAAAAAAAACCAGACUGUAAGUGUGCUAUUUACCUAUAAUACAACAUUAAAUAUUAAACUUGAAGCAUGUUAAAAUUUACCUAAAGACCCUCACAAUUGCUCUCUCCAAUGAGCUCCUGUGUUGGGAUCUGCACUGUCCCCUUGCUCUAGGAUGCUUGCCCUGGCACCUAUAGGAUGCUAUAGGAAUAGCCAGGUAUCCUACAUUAGCCAAAGAAAGACCAAAAAGAGUUCAAUAAAUGUGUUUAGGACUAUGUUAUGAGACUUUUACACAUCUUCUGUUUUCUUUAAACACACUCAUGUAAAAUAGUGCAAAGGCUUGGGAGAGCCAAGAGCUUUUUACCAGGUACUGGAGAGCAGAGGAAAUUCUUCAGGAAGCAUGGGUCACACUGAGGCUUCAGAACUUGUUCAGUCCAAUUUAGGUUUGAAGUAAUGCCACAAUCAGGUCAUGAGCUGAAGGAUGAAGGCACCAGGGUUGAGCUGAAGUUCAGGCAGCUCUGCAGCCUGAUUACUGGCAAGUGAGUUGACUUAAUUAUUAAAAAUAUUUGGCAUUUUGCUUAGCUAAUAGUAGUUUGUUUUCUACAGCAGAGAAAAUAGCUCACAAGCUGAGGCACAGUGGGGCAAAUGAAAGAGCCACAGAGCUGCUGCCAGCCCUGCAGGGUGGGGAGAGAAAGGCAGGAGGACUCAGGGCAGGGACCUCAGGAAACACCUUCAACUUCCCAAGUGAAGCUUUUGCUCCUUUUUCACCCCUUGUUACACAGCCAUACUUGACCUAAUUUUCCAGUCUGAGCAGUGCAGAAGAGUGUAUGAUGUGCCAUGACAGCUUGCAUAUGUGUUGUUAUAUUUAAAGAUUUCUUCACUUUUUCCUUUCCCUGCUAGACUUGCUGCACCACAGGGCACUGCUCAGGGCAGCCUGAGCUCUGGCACACUCGGUGGAAACUGCUGAGCAGGGGAGGGAGUGAGGGAGGGAAAGAUCCUCCAGUUAAGCUGAUUGGGGGGAAAUCAGGGGAAAGGUAGAGUGUACAUCUGUACAUUGGGGCUCAUUUAUGCUUUGUUUUCAAUGGUUUUGAAAUAAUUAAGAGAAAAAGCAGUACUCCCUACCCCUUCUUUGUGGGAUGCAGUGACAAGAGCAGGGCUGCAGAUGGGAUUUUGCUCCUGAUGCAGAGCCAUGGUGCUCUGUAACCCUCAGCUGGUGAUGUCCUGAGCUGUUGGUCAAAGCCCCAACCUCACGGGGGCCUGGCAGGUUUACUUGGUGCUUGUAAAGUGCUUUAGGGAGAAUAAAUCCACUUGCAUGAGCCUUUGCAAAGCCGCACUAAUCAACACCUUGUUGUCUGUCAGUGGUUUGAUCCUUUCAUUACCCUACUCUUUUUAGAAGCCUGCAACAUUCCCAAACAUUCUUAAUUCUCCCCAAUUAAUCUCUGCUAUCCCACUCCAUCAAUUACUACCUGCUUCCUCCUCCUCUGGAGAGCCAGGUAAAUGUCCCCAUUGUGCAGGCACUGCCGUCCACCUGUUCUCCAGCAUCUUCUUCAUCACUGUGCCAUCACAUCACUGUGCCAUCACCAUGCCAGCCAGCCCCUCAGAGGAGAUUCAUUGCUCCAAACCAGCAUCACGGUCUGUGGGAGCACAGAGGUUCCUGGUGGGUUGUUCUUGGCCAAAGCAGGCUCUGUGGGAUUUGGGCUGUCCUUGUGGGAUGCUUGUUCUGUGGAUCCCUACAUGGAGCAUCCUUUCACUCCUCCACCCAGUAACCUCAUGGAGAUGCCCACAUGAACAGAGAUGGAUGUGUAGGUUGUGCAAUAACAUCUGAAUAUUUAUUCUUUUUUAUGGCAAUAAUGUCCAGGGUCCCUGGGUUUGAGGGCCCCUGUGGUAUAAGAUGUUGCCCAAAAAUAGGCCCUUUCCUAAAGAGUUAAUAAUUAAGUAUUAAUAUUCCUGCAAAGUAAGAAGUACAUAGUGUUUUAUUGAAAGUUGAAGCUAUUUAGAGCGAUUUCAAUGCCAGGCUGAGGUGUAACAUGAGCUAGUGUCAUACAGCUGGGAAUGGGGUUUUGCAGCCCAAAAAUCAACUGGACAUGCAUGUGAAAGCUCCCUCACUUCUGCUGGGCUAUUCCUUUCUCUACGUCCAUCUACAAGCCCCUCAUGAUCCAGGAGCUUUUUAUUUUCCCUGAGCUCAGCUGUGUGCAUUUGCUGUGCUGUUUGCCUUUUUUUUUUUUCUGCUGCUUCCCACAUGCUCCAGGGCUCAUUUUCACUUGGCUGUGAUUUGACCUUCAGCUGCCCAAACCCCUUGGAGGGACAGGAGCCAUUAAUUCCCAGCAGAGCAGAUCUGCUGGGCUGUGCUAAGGCCUGGACCACCAGAUUUGCUCUGGAUUCUCCCUUCCCCUGCCCAGUGCCUGUGUCUGUAACACACUCAAGUUGUCUCGGGCAGUAAGGGCUGUAUCUGCCCACAACCUUCCCACGGACCUGGGCUGCACUGGGAAGGAGGAUGGUACAGAAACCAGCUCAGCAGCUCAGCAACCCUCCCAUGCUCCAGCACAGGAAAGUCUGGGCUUGAAAGUAAACUUGUUCUUUGCUGCUGUAAAGCCAGAAUGUUUAAUGGAGUGUUUGGGGCUGUUAAAGCAAAGCUCCUGUUUGCCCAUUUGUGCAGUCCCAGCAAGGCAACAUCCCAGCAUGUUGCUUUCUGCUUUUGCUGGAAGGUGCUACAUGAACAAGAAGCCUUCUCAGUUGCCACCACAUCAGCAGGUAGACUUUUCCCAGCCUGUAUGUCUGGGCUUACCUCCCAGCACUGGUAAGACCUGUCACACUGCUCCUAUAAAGGGGAAUAACCUUUUGGAGCAAACUGAGUGGUAGCAUCGCUCUUCUGCUUGUCCCGUCAGCCCUGCUGCAGUUUGCAAGUAGCUGUUAAAUACUAAAAGCUUCUCUGUAUGACCAUGCCUGUCCAGGAUCACUUGCUCGAGGCCAUGGCUAGCUAUGCACUGAAUCCAUCAAAACGGGAUCAUUUUAUCUCAGCAGAGAAGGGACACCCCAGCCUUUGGGCACAGGAGACUGCAGCAAACAACAACAACAACAA